AUGCCUAGCGCACAACCCACUUUAGAAGCUGCCGAUGCGGCCAUAGCAGCUGGAAGGGAGUCCGAGGCGGAAGACAUUCUGCGCCAAAUCUUGGCUCAGGGAGUCCAGCAUGACUCGGAUGCCAUGGCUACCAACGCAGCCACACCGGCUGCUUCGCAAUUGGACCAGGAUACGGCCAGGACUCAGGAGGCGGCGCUCAACAAAUUGGCAAGUCUGUACGCCCAACAGAAACAAUCUCAGAAGCUGGCCAGCUUGGUGAAGGAUAGCAGACUCUUCAUGACCAGGCUUCCAAAGGCUAGGACUGCCAAGCUCAGUGAGUGACUCGUCAUACCUAGAGUACCAUUCAGAAAGGGCCACCCCGACUGAUUGCACACAUCUCUCUCCUCACAAAAGUUCGCUCUUUGAUCGAUAAGUUUGACGCUAUUCCGGACGCCAAGGAGACACAAGUGGAGGUGACGAAGGAGAACAUCGAGUGGGCGAGGGAAGAGAGACGAGUGUUCCUGCGCCAAAGUCUGGAGACGAGACUCAUAGGACUGUGAGUCAGCCGCAUCGAUGAGCUAUGCUAAACUCGUUGCUGAGGUCAGCGCCUUGUCUCUGCUUCGAACCAGGUACUUUGACCUGACUCAGUACAGAGACGCGCUGCCCCUCAUCGAUUCACUGCUGAAGGAGCUCAAGAGACUGGACGACAAGAUGGUCCUCACAGAGGUACACUUGCUAGAAAGCAGAGUUUUGCACGCGCUGAAAAACUUGCCGAGGUCAAAGGUGAGCAGAUUCGCCUUGGCAGAGAUGUGCGAUGAUGACUGUCAAUGACUGAACAUGUUUUCUCGUGCUUGCCCUUUGGCAACCAGGCUGCCCUCACCUCUGCGAGAACAGCUGCGAAUGCUAUCUACUGCCCUCCGCUUCUGCAAGCGCAGCUGGACAUGCAAUCGGGAGUGCUGCACGCGGAGGACAAAGACUACACUACCGCGUGAGCAUCGCAUGCUUGAGAUGUGCAGAGGAAAGCUUGACAUUUCGCUCAUGCUACUUGUUCUGCCUCCCCAGGUACUCGUACUUCUUCGAGACGCUGGAAGGCCUAUCAGCAGCCGAGGAUUCCCGCGCUCCAUUGGCACUCAAGUAUAUGCUGCUCUGCAAGAUCAUGCUCAACUCUUCGGACGAUGUUAGCGCCCUGGUAGAUGGCAAGAUGGCUGCCAAAUAUGCUGGAAGGGAUGUGGGAGCUAUGAAAGCUGUGGCCACGGCCCACGAGAAACGUGAUCUGGGGGCCUUUGAAACAGCGCUGAGGGAGUACAAGGCUGGUAAGUCUAGCAUUGGCGCCAGAUGGCCCUGUUUGGGCUGACUUGCUCAAGUUGCCAAACGUCGUUGCACAUGCAGAGUUGUCAAACGAUCCUAUCAUCCGCAAUCAUCUUGCGGCGCUGUACGACACGCUGCUGGAACAGAAUUUGCUGCGCAUCAUUGAACCCUACUCGCGAGUAGAGAUCGAUCACAUUGCGAAGGCGGUGCAGCAGCCUGUUAGGGAGGUGGAGCAGAGGUGAGUCGUCCUGACAGCAUUGCAUCCAUCCAUUAGACGCUGUGAUCUCGGGUGGACUGAUUCCGUCAACUCGUGAACGCGAUGAUCAGACUCAGCCAAAUGAUCCUGGACAAGGUCUUUAGCGGCAUUCUGGACCAAGGUGCGGGAUGCCUCGUGGUGUUCGACGAUCCUGCUCCUGAUGUGAGUAGAGGGCUGCAGAGCGACGACGCUCGAAGUGCGAGCUGACACAGCACGCCCAAUGACGUUGCGCGCAGAAAACGUACGAAUCAACGUUGGAGACGCUCAAACAUGUGAGCAACGUUGUCGAUUCGUUGGCACUUAAGGUGAGUUGUGUCGAGGUGCUCGCUCCAUCAUAGGCUCGCUUUGCCUGUUCACUCGAUGCUCGCUCUUCUCCUCAAUCAGGCAAAGUCGCUUUCGUAG